AUGUCUCGGCAACUCAUCUCCAGCGAAAAGUUUCCUCCCAAGCCUCAUAAUUGCCCCGCCGUGAAAGUCCCGGGUCUCGUCUUCUGCGCAGGCCAAACAGCGACCGGCGAGAUUAAACAAGCAACAAGAACUGUUCUACAGAAUCUUAAAGAAGUUCUCGAGCUUUCUGGAUCAUCGCUUGAGCAGGUGGUCAAGUAUAAUGUCUACCUCGCCGAUAUGAAGGACUUUGCUGCAAUGAAUGAGGUGUACAUCGACUUCCUUCCAAAGCCGAUGCCGUCUCGCUCGUGUCUCCAGGCUCUGCCUCCAGGCGACGGAACUGUUAUUGAGAUUGAAUGCAUUGCGCAGGUUUGA